AGUAAGUGGCAGCUUUUUCUUUAUAAAUACAUAGCAAGGGAGGCCUCUGUAGUCUGUUCUUCACUGCGGCUCGUAGGUUGGUUAGUUGGCUGAUCUGGGUGGUUUUAUUUUGGGCAGACCAAAAUGGCUUGCGCUAAUUUCUCUUUCACACUUCUAGUCCUCUGCUCUUGUUUUGCUACUUCUUUUAUUGCAUGCCAUGGCUUUCCCGCCCAUCACAACAACCCAUUUCACCACCGCCACCACCCUCGCUUUGCCAGUCAUAACUACAGAGAUGCCCUGACCAAAUCAAUCCUCUUUUUCGAAGGCCAAAGGUCUGGUAAGCUCCCUUCUAGCCAGAGGAUGACAUGGAGGAGAGACUCGGGUCUAACAGAUGGCUCAACCAUGCAUGUGGAUUUAGUGGGAGGUUAUUAUGAUGCAGGAGACAAUGUGAAGUUUGGAUUCCCUAUGGCUUUCACAACAACGAUGCUUUCAUGGAGUGUUUUAGAGUUCGGGGGGUUGAUGAAAGGUGAGCUGCAGAAUGCUAGAGAAGCCAUUCGUUGGGCAACUGAUUACCUCCUCAAAGCUACAGCCCAUACAGACACCAUCUAUGUUCAGGUAGGUAACGCUAAUAAGGACCAUGCUUGUUGGGAGAGACCAGAAGAUAUGGAUACUCCAAGGAGUGUUUUCAAGGUUGACAAGCAUUCCCCUGGUUCUGAUGUUGCUGCUGAAACUGCCGCUGCUCUUGCAGCAGCGUCUUUGGUGUUUAGAAGAUGUGACCCCACUUAUGCCAAGCUUUUGGUCAGGAGAGCUAUCAGGGUGUUCCAAUUUGCUGAUAAGUACAGAGGAGCCUACAGCAAUGGGCUGAAGAGAUUUGUUUGCCCUUUCUAUUGCUCCUAUUCUGGAUAUGAGGAUGAGCUGCUGUGGGGUGCUGCUUGGCUGCAUAAGGCGACCAAGAAUCCAACUUAUCUCAAUUACAUUCAAGUUAACGGACAGACUCUUGGAGCUGCACAGUUUGACAAUACCUUUGGUUGGGAUAACAAGCAUGUUGGUGCAAGGAUUCUUCUUUCCAAGGCAUUUCUUGUUCAAAAACUGCAAUCCCUCCAUGACUACAAAGGACAUGCAGAUAAUUUCAUCUGUUCUCUCAUACCAGGGGCCCCUUUCUCUUCAACCCAAUAUACACCAGGUGGGCUGCUGUUCAAAAUGAGUGAUAGCAACAUGCAGUACGUCACCUCAACUUCAUUCUUGCUCUUAACCUAUGCCAAGUACUUGUCCUCUGCUCGCACGGUUGUAAACUGUGGUGGAACCGUCGUCACUCCAAAGAGGCUACGAACCAUUGCCAAAAAACAGGUGGACUAUCUACUUGGAGACAACCCAUUGAAAAUGUCCUUCAUGGUGGGUUAUGGUCCGAGGUUUCCACAAAGGAUUCACCACAGGGGCUCAUCUCUACCGUCAAUCGCUACACACCCAGGAAAGAUCCAAUGCACCUCAGGCUUUAGUGUGAUGAAUUCUCAAUCCCCAAACCCCAACGUUCUUGUGGGUGCAAUAGUUGGAGGGCCAGACGAACAUGACAGGUUCCCAGAUGAAAGAUCAGACUAUGAGCAAUCUGAACCAGCUACUUACAUUAACGCACCCCUGGUAGGAGCAUUGGCUUAUCUCGCGCACUCUUCCGGCCAGCUCGAAGUCCUAGCAGCAUCUCCAAUUUGUUAGAUUUAGAUUUAGGUGUCUGUGCUCGUUUUUUAGUGGCUUUGUUUUUAUGUGUCCUAAAAUACUUAUCUGGAUGUCAAUGUGGUCAAAGGGGUCAAGAGACCUAAGGCUCGAGCCCCAAAUCUUCAAGCACAUUGGUCAUCAAGCAUACAUGGCCCUAAUAGGAUAGCCGUUGGGCUUUUUUUUUUUAGUAUGGCAGUCCGUUUUGGAACUUGCAUUAUGUC